GCUUAUCACGUCUUGAUUCAACUAUUUUUACCUUGUCACAUCUCCCUUAACCCCCUCACCUCCGUGUUUCUCUCUUCUCUUCUCUUCUCUUCUUCUUCUCCUUCUUUCUUUCACCAUGUCCCAAGCAACUUCUAACCCUCCUCCCUCUCAACCCCCCCAUGCCUCCACUACCACCCAAGUCGCCGGACACUCCCCCUCCUCUGCCUCCCGCGCCGCCGAACUCGCCAGUCUUAAGGUAAAACUGCGCGCUGCUCUGCGUCAGUUCCCUGACUUCCCGUCCCCUGGCAUCCUAUUCGAAGACAUCCUUCCUAUUUUUGCCGACCCCGUCCUGCACGAAGCCCUCCUCCGCUGCUUGGAGCUCCACGUCCUCGAAAUCCACGCUAAUGAAAAGCCCGAUGUUAUCGUCGGCUUGGAGGCCCGAGGCUUUCUUAUCGGCCCUAGCCUCGCUCUGAGACUCGGUGCCAGCUUCGUGCCUUGCCGCAAGAAGGGCAAGCUGCCUGGACCAUGUGAAACUCAGGGUUAUGACAAGGAGUAUGGCCAGGAUUUCUUCCAGAUGCAGUCUGAUUCGAUCAAACCUGGCCAGAAGGUGAUUGUCGUGGACGACAUUAUUGCAACUGGCGGCUCUGCAUUUGCAGCUGGAGAACUCAUCAGGAAAAUGGGCGGUUCUUUGAUGGGCUUCAUUUUCAUGCUCGAACUCGAGUUCCUCCACGGACGCGACAAGCUCCCUGCUCCUGUCUACACCCUUCUCUCUGGCCAGGAGACUAAAUCUUAAUGACCAUGAUCUUGCCUUUUUUUUUUUUUUUCUUCUUU